GGACCUGAGCAGCCCCUGGGCAGGGCAGUGAUGGCUUUGUGCUUCCAGAGGGACCUGCGGGCUCCGGCCCAUGGCUUCCGACCACAACUCCCUGCUGCCCGACUACGACCCCGCAGAUGCUGCCGAUGGACCCUUGGAGUCUUCCGACGGCACCGCAGGGGGAAUGGGGGGAGUCACUGUCCGUUCAGGGGCCUGGCCUGGCAUCGUCAGCAUCCAGGCCAGCUGGGAGAACGGCACGUGGCACAUGUGUGCAGGGGCCCUCAUCCACCCCAAGUGGGUCCUCACGGUCGCCCACUGCUUCUUCGGGGUUGGGGAUGUCUCCAAAUGGGAGGUGGUGCUUGGGGCCACUGAUCUGACCGAGCUGGGCCCCGAGGCAGAGUUGCACCGCAUCCAGAGGCUCCUGGUGCACCAGCACUAUGCACCUGCCUUGGCAAGGAACAACAUCGCCCUGCUGGAGCUGGACGAGCCCGUGGAGUGCAGUGACUACAUCCAGCUGGGCUGUGUGCCUGACACUCCCCUGAGCGUGUCACAGAUGAAAACCUGCUACAUCGCGGGCUGGAGAACCACCUUGGAUAGUGCUCUCAGACCACACCUGGUGCUGCAGGAGGCCAAGGUGCGGCUCAUCGAUGUGCAGCUCUGCAACAGCAGCCGCUGGUACGGGGGGGCCGUGCACCCCCACGACCUGUGCGCUGGGUACCCGCGGGGCGGCAUCGACACCUGCCAGGUGGGAGCGUGGCACCAGUCCCUCAGCCAGCACAGGGACCCCCGACCCCAAACAUG